GUCAUGAUGUCUUCCAUUAAUAAAGUUAGGUGCUAGGUUACAUAGGCUACGUACCCUGGGAAACUUUAUACAUUCAUCAAUACAUACCUUAGUACAUAAUAGCAGAUGCUACAUUCUUUGAAAUAUUUUUUCUCUUUAUCCUCUUUAUUGUACAUAUGUAUAUACCAAUAGCCUGAAGCAUACAGAGUAGAUACUUUGAUUAGUUUCCUUCUUUCUUUAAAGUCUAUCAUCUCUUCACAUACUAGACAUCAAUCCUUGUGUAUUACUUGAGCCCCUAUAUGAGACCGAGGGAUUUGGUUCUCAUUCCAAAGCCGCCUACUUAGUUAUGACAUCUCAAUUCGAAUCUUCUACCGGGCCUCCCUCCAAGAACAAUGCAAGAGAGCAUGUUCACCCCCGGGAUCUUUCUUCAGCGGAUGAUACCGCGACGGAAGACACCCCUCUCCUGCAAUCCGACUCUAGCUCUCAUAUAACGAAUAGUGGGUCAUCAGCGACCUCUCAAGAUGAAGCUUCCGACGACUUGGAUACACCCAACCAAAGGGUUAGCCGGGGACGAGGUAUAGCAAUUAUCUUGAGUACCUAUCUACUAAUCUUCCUGAUCUCAAGCAACAUGUCAGGCAUCACCAUGGCCCAGUCGACCAUAGCCGCCGACUUAGACGCGUAUGAGAACGCAAUGUGGUUUACUACAUCGUUCCUCGUGGCGACGUCCUCAUCGACACCUCUGGUCGGGAAGCUGGCUUCCAUAUUCUCACCUCGUUCUAUCGUGCUCGUUGCAUCCACACUCUUCGCCGCUGGGAGCUUUAUCACAUCGCAGGCCCACUCAUUUGAGGUCUUCAUUUUAGGGCGAGUCAUCACGGGGUUAGGGGCUGGAGGUACCACGGUCUUGGCACUUGUCUUAAUUCUCGAGUUAACGACGAAGCGGCAGCGAGGCUUAUAUGUUGGUCUGCUGAAUACCGGUUUUACUACUGGAAUUUCUUUAGGAGCCGUUUUCUUUGGCGGGCUUAUAUCUGUCACUGGAUGGAGAGCCCUCUUUUGGGUGCAGGUCCCACCCAGCUUGUUUGCCGGAGUGUCCAUCUAUUUCAGUAUCCCUAGCUCGUUCUCGUCAGGCAAAGGUUCUAAAGGUUCGGUGGUUGAGAAAUUAAAGCGGCUUGACUACCCCGGUGCUUUGUUCUUGAGCGGUACUGUCGUGCUGUUUCUAUUUGGACUCUCCGGUACCAUCCAAGUUAUUCCUCUCAUUGCUUCUCUGGCGAGUCUAGUUACCUUCGUCUUAAUUGAGCGUUAUGUCGCUAUCGAUCCUAUCAUCCCCCUCGCCGUCAUUCAAAACCGAGGUGCCUUGCUGUCUUGUGUUGCCCAGCUUGGAGUAAUGGCCUCACGGUGGACAGUGCUAUUCUACACCCCGAUUACCGCUCUAGCAGUACGCGGGUUCACUCCUGCAACUAGCGGAAGUAUCCUCAUUCCGACGAAUAUCGGAUUUGGCCUCGGUGGACUUCUUGUUGGUGGGUUCCAUGUCCGCCGCACCGGAAGUUUUUGGUUGUCCUGUCUCGUCUCCCUUGUUCUCUUUGCCACAAGUCUGUUCUUGCUCUCCCUGGCUUCCACGCCGGAUGUUCCGAUUGCUCUAUAUAUCGUGAUUGUGUUCUUCAAUGGCCUUUUCACCGGCGCAGCACUGAAUUACACCCUCGCACACGUACUGCACUUGACUUUGCCGGACACCCACUACGUAGCCACCAGCUUACUCGGCACAUUCAGGGGAUUUGCCGGCAGCUUUGGCAGCGCAAUCGGUGGUGGUAUAUUUGCCAGGACACUACGGGAGUCUCUAGAGAACGGUUUCAAGGCAAUCGAUGGUCCUGACGGUCCUGGUCGCAGCGAGCUAAUCAGGAAACUUAUUGGCAGUCCCGCUUUGGUAUAUAAUGGUGGUCUCGCAGGCGAGGAACGACAGGUCGCAGUGCAAGGCUACGUAGAUGCGCUGAGAGUCUUGUUCCAGGCUGCUGUUGUCUUAUCCAUCUUUGUGACAUUUGUCCAAGCGGCUACCGGAUGGAAAGGUCCCUCCGACAAGGUCAAAGAUCAAGAAACUAAUGGCAGCGAUGUUCGAAGCGAUGAGUAGGAUAGGGACCGGCAGUAGUUUACUUUGAUUAGUGUUAUGUGGUUCGUUAUAUUGUUUGUAGACAUAUAGAUUCCUUUUCAGUUGGCCACCAAUUACCUGCUUGCUGCUACGAAAGCGAUAACAGUACCUAGGUAACCUUGUACAUGCUCUUUUACCCUACUAUCUGAAAAGCUGUUUCGUCUACCUACCCUUUG